GGUUAUGAACCUUACCUGGUUAAGGCAUUAAUUGAUACAUCAUCAGUUGAAAAUAUUAUUAAAAAAAGCUUAGUCGAUAAACUUGAAAUAAAAUAUAGUAACCCACCAAAAUAUUUUAAAAAGAAGAUGAAGGAUGCCUUAAGUAUUGUGGAAAGCCUUGAAUUAUCUUUUCAAUUUAAGGGUAAGGAUAAAUUAGUAUCUGGUAGUGAUGAAGUUUUUAAUGAUUUUGUAGUCUACAAAGAACCUAAAGCUAAUUUUGUAUUAGGAAUGCAAUGGCUGUGGUUGCAUGAAACAAAAAUCGAUCCUUAUAAUAAAAAAAUUUCAAUUUAUAGUAGAGUGAUACCAUUCUACAAGAAUCUAUCUGACGAUUUAGAGAGUGAUAUAUCUAGUCUAAAUAUUUCUCAAGGAAAUCAUACAUCAUGCAAAACUAAAAGAAAAAAGAAAAUUUUAGACAUGAAGUGUCCUGCUUCACAGAGGGGCAAAGCUCCCUUUUACUUU